AUGCUAUGUUUGGAUAAAGAAGAUGAGUUAAAGAUAUAUAAAAAAUUUAAUUUAUAUAAUUAUGAAAAUAAGAAAAAAUUGAAAAAUAAUAAUUCAAAUGAUGAAAAUUUUAAAAAUAAUGAUUAUUUAAAGCAUGGAAGUAACAACCAAAAUGAUGGUUAUUUAAAAAGUAAAAAAAAUAUAGUUGAUGUAGAUAUAGGAGAUGAAGUAAUAUACACGAACACAAGUACAUGUAACUCAUUUAUCUAUGUAAUAACAAAAUAUUGUUUCUACAUUUUUGAUAACUAUGACUUUUCUUUUGUUAAUUUAUAUUCUUUAAGAUAUGAUCAUAUAAAUAAUUACGGUUAUCAUAAUAAAGUAUUUUUGUCUCCAAUAGAUAAUACAAUAUAUAUCCUAAGUAAAAAUUUAAAAUAUGUUUAUGCAUAUUAUAUUGUUAAUAAAAAUGAUGUUGUAAUAUUAGAUUAUGAUAAGAAUGCACAUUCUUUUAAUAUUAGUGAACAUUCGGAUAAUUACUCAAGCGAAAAUGAAAAUGAAUAUUAUGAAUAUAUUACCUAUAUAAAAAAAAUUUAUAAAAAAAAAAAAGUAUAUAAAAAUGUAAGUAUUAAACUUAUAACUAUGUUGUAUUUACCUAUUUCAUCAAAUUGUUUGAUAAUUACAAAAAAUAACAUUUUAUUUUUUUCAAAUGAAACAGAUGAAAUAUUUAUUUCAGAUAAUGUUCAAAACAUAUUAGCUAGGAGUUCUCUUUUAAAAAAAGAUGAAAAUGUUAAUAAAGUUGUUAUUAAUACAAAAAUAGUUAGUUUUAAAUAUAUAAAAUAUGAAGGAAAAAAGAAAAGUUCUUACGGUAAUAAUAAUAAAGUAAGUAAAGAAUUUAAGUUUUUUUCUAAUCAUAUUAAAAAUGCAAAUAAAAAAUUUAGAGUAAAAAAUCGCCAUAUUUAUUAUUCAUUAAAAAAAAGUAAAAUUAGAAGAUUUAUAUGUAGUAAUUCCAUUUAUCAAAAUAUGAUUAAGUAUUAUAAUAACAUAAAAUAUAAUAUAGCAAGAAAAUGCAAAAAAAAAAAGAAAAAAAAAGAUUUUUAUCCUUUGUACCUGUAUAGUGUUAAUAAAGAAAACAAUUUAUAUUCUUUUAUUAAAAAUAAAAAUUCUGAUAUUGCAAGAAAAAAAUGUAAAAAUAGUAUUAAUAUAAAAGGAAUUAUAAAAGUGGAGUUUAAUAUGCAUAAUGAUUAUUUAUUAUUAUUAAGCAAAAGUAAUGAUUUAUAUAUAUUUUCCUUUUUUCAUAAUUUUUUUAAUUUUUCAAAAAAAAAGUGUUGCUAUUAUUCUGGCAAAAAUGUUCAUAAAAACAACUAUUAUUAUAAAAAUUUUAAUGAAAAAAUAAGACAUGAAACUGAAUUAAAAUUUCAGGGAAGAGAAAAAAAAAAAAAAAAAAUCAUGAAAGUAGGAAUUCAGAAAAAAACGAAUGUGAUUGGCUUAUAUGUAGGUUCUCCCAUAAUAGAUAUAAGUUUAAAUAUUUUUAGAAAAAUUAUUUUAAUAAUAAAUUGUGAUUUAACUAUUAAAGCAUACAGCACAUAUCCAUAUAUAUGUAAACACACAUUUGAAACAUGUUUAUUUAGUAUAAAUAUCUUUAAUAGUAAUAAUGAUAAUAUUUACUAUUAUAAUUUCUUAAUAUGGAAUAAACAAUGUAAUUUUUUUCUUUUAUCAUUUAAUGAAAACAAUUAUUACAUUUUUAAUACGAAUGGAACUUUAUAUUAUUGUACGAAGAAUGAUUACUAUGCACACGAAGAAAAGAAUGAGAGCAAUAAUGAAUUAAAAAGGUUUCAAACGGAACAUUCAAUGCAUUUUAACAUCGAUAAUCCAAGUAUCAUACAAGACAAAAAUAGUUCAUUUAUAAUUAAUUCAGAAAACUAUUCAAGUAAUAAUUCAUAUAGAGAUAAUAAUAUCAGAAGUAGUCUAAUAGAAGAUCAUUCUGACAAUUUUUUACUUAAUCAUUCAAAAACUGUUAAAAUAACAAAUAGUGUUAUUAAUAUAUCUUUUGUUUUUAAUGAUUUUAAAUUAUUUUACAUAAAAAGUAUGGAUGAAAAUUAUUAUUAUAUUAAUGUAAAAAAAAUUCUUUAUUUAAAUGAUAUAUAUAGCAACAACAAAGCUUUUCAUUAUAAUAGUAAUUAUUACACUAAUCAAUCUUGUAAAAAAAUAUAUAUUGGUGUAAAUAACAUAGUUAUGUUUGACACUAAUCUAAAUAAUUAUAAUGUAAAUGAUUAUGAAAAAAAUAAUAUAAAUAUUAAAGAAGUAAUAACCCCAUUUAAAUUUAUUAAAAAGUCUUAUUUAAAUUUUGAUAACACAUAUAUUUUAAUUAUUUUUAAGGAUAUAUGUAUAUAUAAUGUACAAAAAAAAACAUUUUCUUAUUUUUUGGAUGAUUAUUUAAAAUAUUUUUUUCAUAAUUAUCCAUCAGGAUGGAUAUUUGAGGAUGUUUUUUUCGUCACAUGUUUGCAUAAUAAAUAUGAUGAGCAUAAUUUUAAAUAUUUCAAAAAAAAAAACGAUUUUAAUAUUUCUAAAAAUAAUGAUUACUCUUAUAGAAAGAUAAGGAAAAAAGAAAUUGUGAAUUUUAAAUUGUAUAAUAUAAAUUAUGAAGACACAGAAGUAACUAAUGAAGAAUACGAACAAUCUAUUGAAAAUGAAAAUGAUGAAAAUGUAGAGCAUUGUGAAAAAGAGGAUAGAUGUGAAGAUGAAAAUAAGAGUGAAAGUGAAGAUGAAAGUGAAAAUGAAAAUGAAAGUGAAGAUGAAAGUGAAUAUGAAAGUGAAAGUGAAGAUGAAAGUGAAAGUGAAGAUGAAAGUGAAAAUAAGAGCGAAAGUGAAGAUGAAAGUGAGGAUGAAGAUGAAAAUGAUGAAGAGAAUAAUAAAAAUAUUAAAGAAAAUUAUGAAAACAAAUCAAAUGUUCAAAAUGAUGAAAAAAAACGUGAUUUAGAAGAAUUAAUAACACUAAAUUAUUUAUUUAAUUUUAAUCAUAAUGAAAGUGAUACUCAUUUUAAAUUUUUUGAAGAAUAUUUUAAUAUUAAUAAAUGUAAUAUGUAUACAAAACCUUUUUCUUUAUUUUAUGAUCAUUUUUUUUUAAAAAAAGACAAUAAUAUAUUUUUAAAACAAUUUUUAGAACAAAGGAAGAAGAAAAUAUCAACAAAUUAUGAGGAAGAAGAAUUUUUCGAAGAAAUUAUAAGUAAUGAGGAAAGUGAUAAAAAUUUUAAAUGUUAUUCAAGUAUAUGGAACAAUAAAAUUAUCAAUAAUAAAGAGUUAAAUAAUAAAUUAGAUAAUAUAAAAAAUGAAAAUUUAAAUGAUACUUGUUUAAAUAAUAUUGUAAAUAAUGAAUAUAUGUAUGCUUUAAGUGAAAGUAGUACCUCCUCAAAUAGUGAAAAUACUUGCAGAAAUGAAAAGAAUAAAUUCUUUAAAAAAAUAAAUAAUUAUUGUGGUUAUUCAGGUGAUACAAAAUUUUCAAAAAUAAGAAACAACAUAGAAAAGAAAAAUGAAAAGGACGUAAAUGAAAAUACUAUUAACUAUGAAGAAAUUCUAAAUAAAAAUAAUUUUUAUUAUGUUAUAUAUUUUUACAAUUUAAACAAUUCCUUGAAAUUUACUAAUUAUAUAUGUUCUAUAAGAUUAUUAUAUAGACCAAUAUUAACUCAUGUUUAUUACGAUAAAUCGAUAAAAGAAGAAAAAAAAACUAAUAAUUUAAAUGAAAGAUUUUUAAUUGUUUUAGACGCGUUUUAUAAUUUAUUGUGUUUUAAAAUUACUGAAAUAAAAAAUAACGAAAACAAAUCACAAUACUUAAAUUCAGAAAACAUUUUUAUAUUGCCCUUAAAUAAAGAUAAAAAAUUUAUAGAACCAUCUUGCUUUUAUUCUCUAUUUGAUAUAUAUAACUACGUAUUUGUAAAUUAUGAUAAUUCAAUAUACUUUCUUCAUAUAUAUAGAGACCAUAGUAAUUGUUAUGAUUUUCAAUUUACACAUAUAUUUGACUGUAAGUUAGAUUAUAUAGAAAUUGUAAAAGAUUACGAAAAUAUUUUUUAUUAUUCUUUACCAUCUCCUAUAAAGUACAUAUGGCCAAAUUAUAUAUAUUAUAUAUAUUUGUUUUAUUAUUACGUCAUAUAUAUAAUAUACAAAAUUAUUAAAAUAGAUAAAAAAUCAAAUGUUUGUAAAUUUCUUUUUGCACCUUUUUCAAAUAAAAAAAAUAAGAAAAUCAACAGUAAAGUAUUGGGAAAUAUACAAAUGUUAGUAGGAAAUGAGUUAAGCUUAAAGGAAGAAAAUAAAAUAUACAUAGAUAAAAAGGAUGAAACAAAUAGAGAAGAAAAAAAUAAAGAAUCUAUAGAAAAAAGUAACUUUCCCUUAACAGUUAAUAAAUUAUUACAUAAUGACAACAAUAAAAUGAAUUUAAAAAGAACAACAAGAAUUUUUAAUAAUAAUGAUAAUACGAGACAAAAAUUUAAAUAUAAAUCAAGAAUUAGUUCAGCAAAAACUUCUUUUGAUUUCUUUGGUUUAAAUUCAUAUAAUAAUAAUAAAAAAAAUAGCAAUUAUAAAAGAUUCGAAUAUGUUUUUAAGGAUAAGUUAAAUAAGCAUUCAUCUAAUUAUCAAAGUUUAAUUAAGUUAAAAAAGGUUAAUAACAAAAAAUGUAACGAUUGGUUACAUACUAAAGAGGAAGUAAUGAUUUAUAUGAAUAAAUUAAAUAAUUUUUUUGAAAGUUUGUUUAUAUGUAAUGAUAAUAAAGAAAAAAAAAAAAAAAAAAAAGGAAAUGAAGAAAUUAAUUAUAAAAAUAAAAAAUAUGAAAGACAAGAUAUUGUUCUAAAAGAAUUUUUCUAUUUUAUAUUUCAUAUUAUAAUACGUAGCCACAAGGAGUUUGUAAAUAAAAUGAACAAAAUAUUUAAACAAAGUUUUUACCAUAUUAUAGAAGAAUUAGAAAAUAAAGAAGAUACUUGUUACCUAUAUGUUAGUCGUAAUAAUUAUAUUAGUGUUAUAAGUAUUAGCAAAUGUUCAAAGAAAUUCUUGUUAAUGAAAGAGCUAAAAAAAAAAAUAUUUUUUCAAAAAAAUAAGUAUAACAAUUGUGACUUAUUUAUUUAUAGAUAUAUGAAAUUAAAAAAAUAUUCAAGUGAACAUAACUUUCAUUUACAUCACACUAUGCACAAUCUGGGAUUAUUUUUAAAUAUUAUUUGCAAUCAGAUAUCGAGAGCAAAUAUAAAAGAUAUAUUAAAAAAAAAAGAGAACAUAAGAAAAUACAUAUAUCCUAAAGAUAUAUCAGAAGAAAAUAUGAACAAAGUAAAUUAUUCAUGUGGUUCUGUUUAUGAUAAAAUUGUUUUUCAAGUAAAUAGUUUUAUUGACAUAAUUAUUUUUAAAUUUUUGAAAUUAUAUAGUGAUGUUCAUUCAUAUAGAGAAAAUAAAUAUGAACAUAUUUUUGGCUAUGAUUCUAAAAGAAAAGAAAUACGUUAUUUAAUCAUUAACAUAAUAUUAAAAUAUAUUAAGCAAAAUUUAUUUGUAGUAAAUAUAUUAGAUAUAAUUUUAUAUAAAUCCCUUAUUAAAUUAAAUGAUUCAUAUAUUAUAGCGUAUAAAUUUGUAUACAAUUAUUUAAAUAACUUGAGUGAAACACAUUAUUAUAAUAAAUUGAUAACAAAAAAUAGAGUGGAAAGCAUUUUGAAUAUAUCUAUAAUUGUGUUAUAUACCUUUUUUCUGAGCAAAAAUUAUAAAAAAAAAAAUGUCGAAAUAUUAAAAAAUUCCAUUUUUUGUAAUAUAUUAAAUAUAUCUAAAGAUAAAACAGUUUUUUUUUCUGAAAACAAAGAUACAAAUAAAAUAUUAAAGGAAAAAACAUUUAUCUGUUUUAAUGAAAAAAAUGUUAUUGAAUUUUCUAAUGAUGAAUCUAAAAUAAAUUUUUUAAAAAGUAAUGCAAAGAAUGAAUAUAUACAUUAUAUGAUUUUAUAUUUAUUAAAAUUAAAAGACGAAUAUUCUACAACAAUUAAAGAAGAAAAAGGUACAUUUGAAAUAAAAAGUGAUUAUGCAUAUAAAAUAAACUGUAAUAUUUAUUAUAUCGUGUUGUAUAUUCUGUGCAUAUUAAAAAAAAAAUAUGUAUUUAAUUUAUAUACUUUAUUAAAAAUUUUAAGAAAAUAUUGUAAAUUUUAUGUGUCAGAAGUGGUGAUAAAUACUAUAAGAAAAAUGGACCCAUAUGUUAUUGCUAUAUUAAUUUAUUCUAUUGGUAGAUUUAUUCCUCAUGAUUUUAUGAGGCUUUGUUUAAAAAAUCAGAGAUUUAAUAUAUCUUCUUUAUAUAUUAUUAAUGUGCAGAACUAUAUAGGAAUAUAUAAUGUUCGCAAAUUUUAUUGUAUAUAUUUUCUUUCUAUGAGUUUAAGAUAUAAUAUAAAAUACGCUAAAAGUUUAAUUAAUUAUCUCUCUAUUUUAUUUUAUGUUUUAUUUAAAAACAAGAGAAACUAUCAUAUUUUUCACUGGAAUUAUUAUGGAUUAAAACCACAAUAUAUGAAAUCAUUAAAAAGAGAAUGCAAUAAUUCAGAUAAUUUUUUAUUUUUUCUUCAAAGUGCAUAUAAUAUAAAUAAUAUGAAAUUAAGAGAAGUUACUGAUAUAAAUAAUUUUCAAUUUUUUUUUCAAGAUUCUUUUAAAAGUGAUACAUUAAUAAAUAAAAAUCAAACAAAUAUAAAGACUAUAAAUGAUUCCAUACAUCAAGAAAUAUUAGAAGAUGAAACUCAUAAUUUAACUAAUGAUUACAUUUGUAAUAGAAAAUGGGAUAUAAAUGAAAAGAAAAAGAGAUUCAGUUUUAAGAUUAGAAGUUUCUGUUAUAAAAAGUUUACAAUGAAUAAAAUUAUAUAUGAAUUUUUUUAUAACUAUGAUAUAAUACAUAUUUCCAAUAAAAAUAUAAAUACAUUUUGUAAUUUACACACAUGUAAUAACAAUAUAUUUGACUGUUACUCUCCAAUAAAAAAAAGGGGUAAUAUAAAAUCAGAUGAUGAACAAAAUUUCAAAUAUGACGAAAUAAAAAAUAUUUAUAUUAAAUUUAUUAUUUUAAUUCAAAGUAUUGUAUGUUAUUAUAUACAUAAUAUGCUUUGGUUUGAAUUAUAUUAUUUUAUAACUUAUCUUAAAAUUGAUAUAUUGUCCUUUUUUUCUUAUUCAUAUUUUUUUAAAUCAAACAUAUUUCAGAAUAUUUUUUGGGGAAUAUGUCCAAUUGAUGUUGCUCAAUAUUCUAUUAAUUGUUCGAAUUUUUAUUUUUUAAAUUUGAAUUAUAAAGAAAAAUCAACCCAAGAUAAAUACAUUGAUAUAAAUAACAAAUAUAACUAUUAUGUAAAUAACAAUAAUUCAAUGAAUGGUAAAAGUAAUGCAAAAAAACUUUAUGAAAUAAAUAACUUGAUUAAAUUCAAUGAUAAAAUAUGUGAACAACAUGAAAAUACAAUAGAUAAUAAGUAUUUUAAUAAUAAAACUGAUGAUAAAUAUAAUAAGAGUAGUAAUAAUGACAAUAAUUGUGACAGUGAAUAUAGUCAAAAUUAUGAUUUAAAAAAGAACAAUUUUAAGGGAAAAUCAUAUAUUAAUUGUAAUUAUACUGAUAAUUAUGGAAAUAAUGGUAAUAUUAAUGAACCAACAAACCAUAUAUCACUUGGGAACAAUGUUGAUUUUACAAAAAACAUCUUAAUUGAUGAUUCCAAUUAUAUAAAAUACAUAAAAUAUAUGAAAAAAUUAAAACGUAUUUUUGAUAAAGUAGAAAAAGAAAAUGAAAUUAUAAAUAAAACAUUUUUGCAAAAUGAACAAAAAAACAUUUUCCUCAUUGACAUUUAUAAAUCUUUUAAAAAUCAUUUUGAUGUAAAUUGUUGUAAAAAAACAGAUAAAAGAAAGGAAGAUGUAUUAAAUGUUAAUAAACAAAAAAAAAAUUAUGUAAGUAAAACAGAAUUAGAAAAUAAAAAGAAAAAAUACCGUGAAAAUAUCCUUUCAUUUAAUAUUUACAAUAAACAUACAGAAUAUAUAUUCUUAGAGACAUAUUUUGCACCUUCUGCCUAUAAAUAUAUACCUUUAUAUAAUACAAUAAAAUAUUUGUUUUACUUUUUUAAUAUAUGUAAUAAAAAUAAUAGUACAAUUCCAAAAAAAUAUUUAAAGCACAAAAUUAAAAGAAGAAUAUAUGAUUUUAUUUAUAACAAUAUAAUAGACUUAAAAAAAAAAAUUAAAGAUAGUAAUAAAUGCAAAAAAAAGAGUACAAUCUCAAUCAAUGAAUUAUGUUCAAUAGAUAAAAAUGAUAUAAUAUGGUUUUUAUUAAGAAUUUUCAUUUUAUUGAAAUUACCAUUACAUGCUUUAGCUUUAAUUUUGUAUUGUAAAAAUUAUAUAUUGUUAAAUAUUUUAAUAAAUGUAUUUCCAUAUUUACAUCAUAUUUUUAAUUAUGUUUUAAACAUGAAUAAUGCUCAUUUCUCCUAUAGAAAAAUGGACAAUGAAAAGGCAAAAAAUACUUAUAUUGAUUCUGAAGAGAAUAAAAAAUACAAUUUUAUUUUAAUAAACGAAGAAUUCAAUAAAAAAUUUUGUGAAUAUUGUUAUUAUUCAAUUUUACAUUAUAAAAAAAAAAAUAUAAUUCCUUUUUCCAUUAAAAUAUUAGAAAUAAUUUAUAAAAAAAAAAUUAAUAAUAAAACCAACAAUUUGUAUGACCAUUAUAUGUCAUGUGAUUGUUUGAAUAAUCUAAUUUUUUUAAAAAAAAAAUUGUCUUAUAUAAGAAAAAGUAUAUAA